AUGCCGACACCGAGUGACAACACAUCUCCUCUGAAUGUUGCAUCAAUCACCGAGGACAUAUCUACUCAUACGACCUGCCCACCUGAGGUUGAGCGAUUGUCCUCUUGGAGAGACUCUCCGGAGCCCUCUGCCACGGAGAGCGAUGUCCCCGACAAUGCCUCGUCACCUUCCAUUCGAUCAGCGCACACCCUCUUGACGGCCCAACCUGAUGGAACCAUCAAUCAGUCCAACACAGAUGUCUCAGGAAUUGAGCCCUACGAGGGAACAGCAAGCACCGCAAAGCCAUCGUCGACUGUUGCAUCGCCAUCCACUGCUUCACUUUUAAGUUAUGAAUUUUCUAAUGUUCGGCUCCUUCCUAAUUACACCUCUUCUUAUCUUCGCCCUGGAAGCAAAUUCACUGGUACACAACAGUCGGACCGUCAAGUGUACAACGUCGACGUAGAGAUCAAACAUGUCGAUAUGGCUGAAUCUUACCUCUGCGGCUAUCUUCGUAUACAAGGUCUCACCGAGGAUCAUCCUACUCUGACAACGUUCUUCGAAGGAGAAAUCAUUGGAACCAAACACACUUUCAAGACCAGAAAUGAAGCAUGGGGUGCGACGGAGAAGACCGACAUGCACCAUUGGGCCAGAUUUCCUGCCUGGCGGCCUCUUGCCAAACAGGCGAAGAAGCCUGAUUUCACCUACUGGAACUUCGCAGAGCGUGAGCACAUAUUCAUGCGAUGGAAAGAGUACUUUCUCGUUCCUGAUCAUCGGGUGAGAACGAUCUCAGGCGCAAGCUUCGAGGGCUUCUAUUACAUAUGCUUCAACCAGAUUGAAGGAAGCGUGACCGGCAUUUACUUUCAUGCGAAGAGUGAGAAGUACCAGCAGCUUGAAUUAAAACACGUUGAAGAUCAUGGUUGCACUCCCGCAAUGGAGUUCCGUUGA